AAGGAUAACAAGAGUGAUGCCAUUACUGAAGAUGGCAUUGAAGACGCUUUUGAUGUGAUCGCAGAGCUCCAGGAGUCAGUUCGCACCGGUCUAUGGAUUGGCGACUGUUUUAUAUACACGAAUGGAGUGAAUCGACUCAAUUAUUUUGUCGGCGGAGAGAUCGUUACGAUCGCACACUUAGACCGAACAAUGUAUUUAUUGGGUUAUAUUCCCCGUGAAAACCGUCUCUAUUUGGGUGAUAAAGAGCUGAAUAUCGUAUCGUAUUCUCUGUUGUUAUCUGUAUUGGAAUACCAAACGGCAGUCAUGAGGACUGACUUCGAGGCCGCCGAUCAGAUCCUGCCCUCAAUUCCUAAGGAGCAGAGGACACGAGUCGCUCACUUCCUGGAGAAACAGGGCUUCAAAGCGCAGGCAUUGGCUGUAUCUACAGAUCCGGAGCAUAGAUUUGAUUUAGCGGUUCAAUUGAGUGACACGAAGAUUGCAUUCCAGUUGGCAUUAGAGGCACAAAAUGAGCACAAAUGGAAACAAUUGGCAGAACUGGCCAUCUCUUUGGCUCAGUUUGAUUUGGCCCAACAGUGUCUCCAUAACGCCCAAGACUUC